AUGCUUCGACGCGUUUUUCUCGGAUUGUUGCCUUUGGUGGGUUCGGCCCUCGCGCAAAGCUCCAGCGCCUACACCGACUCCGGCAACGGCAUCGUCUUCCAAGGCUACACCGACCCCGUCCACAACGUGACCUAUGGAAUCGUCCUCCCGCCCACCACUGAGACUUCUGAAGCGACCGAGUUCAUCGGCGAGAUCGUGGCGCCCGUCGCAGCGCAGUGGGUUGGAAUAGCUUUGGGUGGUGCUAUGCUUGACAAUCUUCUGUUGGUGGCGUGGCCUAACGAUGGCGAUAUCGUGUCUUCGACGAGAUAUGCGACAGACUACGUGCAACCGGUCGAAUACGACGGCCCGACUUUGACUGACCUGCCCUCGACUUCUGUGAACUCGACGCAUUGGAAGUGGGUGUUCAGGUGCCAAAACUGUACUAGCUGGUCUGGCGGAGGAAGUCUUGCGACGACAGGCACCGGAGUGCUCGCAUGGGCCUAUUCGGACGUUGGAGUCGAUGACCCCUCGGACCCGCAGAGCACUUUCAGCGAGCAUACGGAUUUCGGGUUCUUCGGCGAAGUCUACUCAGCGGCGCAUAGCGAUAACUACGAUGCAUACCUGACUGGAGGGACCGGGACCGCUACGACGACUACCCCAACAUCGACGACUACUACGUCAACGGGCCCGACCUCCACGCCUACUGUCACUGGUACUCCGUACGACUACAUCAUCGUAGGCGCUGGACCGGGCGGUAUCAUCGCUGCAGACCGUAUCUCAGAGGCCGGAAAGAGUGUUUUACUCCUGGAGCGUGGUGGACCAUCGACGGCUGAGACGGGUGGGACGUACGAUGCGCCGUGGACGGAGAGCGCUAACUUGACGAAGUUCGACGUCCCGGGUCUCUUCGAAUCGAUGUUCACGGACAGUAACCCCUGGUACUGGUGCAAGGAUAUCACGGUUUUCGCUGGCUGUCUCCUCGGCGGUGGAACAUCCGUCAACGGAGCUCUGUACUGGUAUCCCAACUCCUUGGACUUCUCCACUGGCAACGGCUGGCCAUCGGACUGGCAAGACUUCCAGCUCUACCUCGACAAGAUGAUCGCUCGUCUCCCGAGUACAGACCACCCGUCCACAGACGGCCAGCGCUACCUGGAACAGUCGUUUAACGUUACGCAGCAGUUGCUUGAAGGACAGGGAUAUACACAGAUCACGGUCAACGACAAUCCGAACCAGAAAGACCACGCGUAUGGGUAUUCUGCCUUCGAUUUCAUUGGCGGACAGCGCGGAGGCCCUGUGGCGACGUACUUCCAAACCGCCAGCGCGCGCUCCAAUUUCGUAUAUAAGGAUUACACAAUGGUCAACAACGUCGUCCGCAACGGGUCCCAGAUCACCGGUGUGCAGACCAACGACACUUCACUCGGCCCUAAUGGGGUCGUCCCGCUCAACCCUAACGGUCGUGUCAUCCUUGCUGCCGGAUCGUAUGGUACACCCAGGAUUUUGUUCCAAAGCGGGAUCGGGCCCAGCGAUAUGUUGAGCAUCGUCCAAUCGAGCACAGCCGCUGCCAACUUGCCACCUGCAUCCGACUUCAUCGAUCUUCCCGUGGGAUACAACGUUUCAGACAACCCAUCGAUCAACCUGGUCUUCACUCACCCAUCCAUCGACGCGUAUGAGAACUGGGCCGAUGUAUGGAGUGACCCAAGGACCGCAGACGCCGAUCAAUAUUUGCAGAAUCGCUCUGGUGUCUUUGCUGGUGCUUCGCCUAAAAUGAACUUCUGGAGAGCUUAUUCCGGAAGUGACAAUAACCAGCGCUACAUGCAAGGGACUGUUCGUCCUGGAGCUGCCUCCGUCAACACGACCUAUGCGUAUAACGCUAGCCAGAUUUUCACCAUUACCGUCUACCUUUCCACUGGGAUCACGUCGCGAGGUCGUAUAGGAAUCGAUGCCGCUCUGAGAGCGCAGCCCAUCGUCGCACCUUGGCUAACAGACCCUGUGGACAAGGAGAUAUUGAUCCAGGCAUUGAACGACGUUGUUUCAAAUAUGGGCAACGUAACGGGCCUGACGAUGAUCACGCCUGACAACACCACGACAAUAUCCGAAUACGUGGACAACUACGACCCGUCAACGAUGGACUCCAACCACUGGGUCGGGUCCGCCAAGAUCGGGACGUCGGCGACAGAUGCGGUAGUCGACACGAAUACAAAAGUCUUCAACACCGACAAUCUAUUUAUAACAGACGCCUCGAUCAUACCCAAGCUCCCAACCGGCAACCCCCAUGGGACACUCAUGACGGCCGUUGAACAGGCUGUCGCUAAAAUUCUCGCCCUGUCGGGUGGACCUUGA